UUUAAACUUUGUCACACAGUAGAAAGAGGGUUCGGGGCAGAAAGAUCUCAAAGAAAAGGCAAAAAGACACCCCCCCCCCCAAGCGCUACAAAGGAACCAUUUGGAUAAAACUCACUUGGCAAAACAGCACGGAAGGAAGCAAAGUCACCAACAACCAGGCUAUGGCCUCUCCCCGACUAGACAGCAUGGAGCUACUGGACCUUCUGUUUGACCGGCAGGAUGGCGUCCUUCGCAGUGUGGAGUUUGGGACCCCAGUGGCAGCUUGGACUGGACGAGAGGACAGUUUGGUGAAUGUGCAAGAAAAUGAAGAUUUCCUUACUUCCAUCUUGGGCCCACCAGACUCCACUCUUGACUCCCCGAGUUGGUCUCCUUCUGGCAGUGAUAGUGGCCUCUCAGAGGACCCAAAUUCUGACCAGCUGGACAGUCCUCCACACUAUGUUCCGACAGGAAGCCCAGGGGCCUACUCCGAUGGAGGACACAGUGACCUGUCUUAUGCCCCUUACCAAGACUCGUGCCAAGCCAUGCCUGUCUUGAAAGUGCCGAUGGAUAACCGGCGAGAGGCAGAGGUGUCUAUAGACUUUGAUAUAUGGGAAGCAGGUUUUUACCCAGAAAAGCAAGAACUGGCUGCUCCCCAUCUGAACUCACCUUCUUGCACCUUGACCGUGAAGGAUCUUUUGCUGUCGAACAACAGUGACACGCAUCAACAGGCCAUGGCCCCAUCCCUGAUGAGGCAAAGCCAUGGAAAUUGCCAGGAACUGGUCUUAACAGAAGACGAGAAGAAAUUGCUGGCCAAAGAAGGGGUGACGCUGCCCACUCAGCUGCCCCUCACUAAGUAUGAGGAAAGGGUGCUCAAGAAGAUUCGGAGAAAGAUCCGGAACAAGCAGUCAGCACAGGAAAGUCGGAAGAAGAAGAAGGAAUACAUUGAUGGGCUGGAGUCCCGGAUGUCAGCCUGUACGGCUCAGAACCAAGAGCUACAAAGGAAAGUUGUUCAUUUGGAGAAACAGAACUUGUCCCUCCUCCAGCAGCUGAAGAAACUUCAAGCGUUGGUGAUCCAGUCCAGCAGCAAAGCAGCUCAGACUGGCACUUGUGUUGCGGUCCUUCUGCUCUCCUUUGCCCUGAUUGUUUUUCCAUCCAUCCACCCUUUUGCUCACAACAAAGCCGAGAUGGAAGGCGACUUCCUGCCUGUGAGAGUUUUUUCCAGGUCACUCCACAAUGAUGCUUCCUCCAGGGUCGUCUCCUCCCCGGCCAAAGAUGCCGACCCACGCAUCAAGAUGCCAGAGAAGCCUAUGUGGACUGAAUAUGCCAACGAGGGACAGAACAGGCAGGAGGAGGUCCUUGGCAAAUUCGUCGGGAGCCAUGUGAUUUCCAGGCACCACAAGGCAGGAGAGGCUGUCUUGAAGAAUGGCACAGAGUCCUUAUCAGAGGGGGCACACUUGGACUUGGAAGGACUCGGGCAUGACAACCACAUUACUGAGCAUGGCUUGGCAUCGGUGGCAUGGACAGAGUCCAGUCAGCCCAGCAAGAGGGUUCUGGAGCCGGCUGAAGAGCUGUGACCGUCCCCUCCUGCUGCCUCCUUCUGUAUGACAUUCUGAGACUUAAUAGGGGGUUGAUAGGGAUGUGCCAAGGGAACUGCUCCUCUCCCACUGUGCAGGGAGGAGAAGGCAUGGGUGGGGGGGGCUGUGGUAUGUGUGAGAGAAAGAGACGGCAUCACAAGUGCUUCCCUCUUCCAGCCUUCUCAAUAGCAUGCUCCAGAGCAAGCCAAGUCAGAAGGGAGCUCCUUUUUCCUGGAUCUCUUCCCAUCUUCCAUUUUUAAGGCAUGGGGAGUUCUCCCUUGCGAGCCUGGUGGUGAGGCAAGAGGGCCUGUUGUGAGGGAGUCCGUCGUCAGAACCAAAGCAUAAGAUCAUUUAGUGUUUGCCAGAGGGAUGGGCAACAGAGGUGCAGAGAAACCACCCUCUCCCCCCGGAAACCUUACUCGGCGAGUCCCCUGGCUUCUUUUGCUGGCAGAGUCCAUACAUUCAAACACGUUUCUGUAAUCAUGAGGACUAGAACUUGUUCUGUUUUUCUUUUUUAAAAGGAAAGCAGAGAUUCUCAGGGAGCUGAAUUCCGUGGCCAGCACUGAAUCCUUCUCAUUCGCUUCCUCCUAUUGUCAAAUAAGAGAUAAAACAGGAUCAAAGGCUUGCACAAUCAGGACUGGUUCUCUCUUUGUUUUAAAAAAAUAUAUUGAUUUUUAAGCCUGCUCUUACAUGGGGCUGCUUGUGGUCUCCCAUCUCAAAAACCAAUCAGGCUUACACCUGCAUCAUUUCAGCAUCGGGUGCAACAUUUCAGCCUUUAACUUGCACCAUCGAAUACUAAAGCAUGAGCCUGUUCUCCUUCAUCACUCAUGAAGGACCAAUAGUUCUAGAAUUAGGCAUGCGUCUUUUUAAAAAAAAAAAAUUAGAAAGGGCAAGCCAGGUUUGGAUCUGAUUGCCACUUCUGAUUGUUUUAAAAUGAAAUGGAUUUAAUUCUACCCACUAGGGCCCAGUGCGGUGUAGUGAUCAAAAUGUAAGAGCCGAGCUACAAGAGAUGAAUUACACGAGGAGGAGCACGUGAAAGGAGUCACAACGUUAGCCGGGAAGCUGAGUUUUAAAAGAGAUCGGAAGGCUCUGUCAGUUUCCCCUCUCUACAGAGCCAGGGAGAUAGCUGCUCAGAACAUUUGUUUAUUUCCUCUUUGCCUCUUAGAAGGGGAGGUGAAACUGACAGAGCCUUCUGGAGGCAAAGAGGAAAUUAACAAACGCUUCAGCCAGCUGGACAUAAAUCAACUCUGAUAGAUAUCUGCCCAUAUUUUCCUCACGCAGCCUGCCCAUUCCCCAAUGGUCAUUGCUCUUCAUCUUAAAGUGGCCCAGGUAAUGAGGUUAACCCACAUGAACCCCAAAUUCUAAAGCUGCAGCCAAGGCCAGCUUCAAUACUCCAUUACCUUUCUGUGCAUCAGCAAUGUCUCAAAACCACCCUCCCUUCUUUAGCUUUUGUGGAGUGCAUGGGCGCAGCGGUGACUUGCAGAAGGGAUUUCUCUGGUUUAAAAAUGCUUUGCUGCAUUUCGCCCUUUAAGUUUCUUCCUCUAUCCAGUGCUGCUGACUUAAGUCCCCGGCCCUCUUGCUUAGAUGAAUGUUUGCUCCCACCCCACUUGGGCCACCAGAUGUAGGUGCGAUUAAAACUGCUGAUGUCUGUCUGCUUCUCAGUUGCCAAGUCUGGCUUGGGAAAUUCCUGGAGAUUUGGGAGCGGAACCUUGGGAAAAUCAAGGUUUGGGGAGGGAUGUUAGUGGGGGUAUAAUGCAAUAGAGUCCACCCUUCAAAGUGGCCAUUUUCUACAGGGGAAUUAAUUUCUGGAGAUCAGCUGUAAUUCCAGAAGAACUCCAGGCCCCACCUGGGGUUUGGCAACCUGAACCCCAUGGCUCUGGUGAAAGGAAGAGGCCUUUUGUGACUGGAUUAGCUGGAGCUAAUUGUCAUGAACAAGCAGUAGUCUUCCAUCUGUUGAGAACUGAGACCCAUCUUGGAUGCCAAGGUGGCAGCAUGGGACCUAUUAAGCAGGAAUCAUGUGACAGGAAGAGCGAUGGCAUCAGAAUCAUGCACCAGGAAGAUCAAGACGUAUAACCCAAGAAUGAUAUCCUGUUGGCUUUAGCUUUCUUUGGUACCUUGUGCAAGACAGCUGUGUGUGUGAGGGGGGGGGGCGCAUAGUUCCUUAGCCAGCUGUGUGAUUCUCCAUAUGUCAGGCCUUGCCCUCCUCUGGAGCUGGCCGUAGGCAUAUCUAUGCAGCUGAGACGGGUGUGUUUCUCUAAAAGAAAGCCAGGAAGUGGUGGGCAGCUGCCUACUUGGAUAGGGACCGGAGCUUUUGAGGCAUCUUAAAGACGAGCAGAUUAAAAGGGACAUAAAUCUUUUUUUUUUUUUAGUGAUAGGUGCAUGUGGCUACUCCCUCCAAAGACACAGCUGCGAGCCAUCGUCUUCACUGCCCUAAAAUGACAGAAACAAAUAGCUAAAUGUAGCAUGUAUGUGUACGAAUUACCAGAGAUUUGAAUUUUUUAAAUGAAAUGUCUGAAUCCAUGUGUGACUGAGUUGGUCAAUUCAUGUUCCACAAUCGGGCUUGCUGCACUUGAAAAAUAAUAAACACGGAGUAAAUAAC